GUCUUCCUCCUUCCAAGACGUCACUUUGCUGGGAAUAAAUUGAUCGUCUACUUGGUAGAUCGAGCCUCCAUAUAGGUGGUGCAUUCGCCACUGUGGCUAGGAUACUCUGCCAUGAAACAUCUCACGUCGUUGUCUUCUUGUGUAUUAUUUGUUACUGAAUCUUCAACAGAAACUCAUCAAAGCAAGAAUUCCCAGCUGAAUUCCGGGCUGCAGAUCUUCAAGAAAAUUAACAGUUUGCAUUCAAGGCACUGUUGAUGCAGUAGCUUACAAAAAUUCUACUUCACAAUUUAUGGCAAGACUAAGAUAUCUGAAGCAAAUUUCUAUCAGGGCUCUCAUUUCUCCUCUCAGUAAAAAUGAUACCUUUUAUAAGUAUUCAACUACAGCAGCAUCUGCUGCCACCAAUAUCGUCCUUUUAAAUCCAUUAUAUUCGUCUGACUCACCAGUACAGAAAUUACAGGCAGAGGAUGUGGUGGUGACGUUCCGAGAAUGGUUCAUGUCUGGUAGGAGCCCUUUUAUUGAGCGCAUACUUGAAAUCUUAUCUUUUGAUGGUGGCAGCAGAGGCAUUGGUGAGAAUGAAGAUUUCAUGUCUUCACGUGAAGCCGUAGAUGUGGCUCUGUCGCAGUUGAAUCUUCAUCUUACUGAGUCACUCGUUCUUGAUGUGUUGUCCUACGGGAAAGAUGUGUUGUCUUGCUUGAAGUUCUUUGAUUGGGCAGGGAGGCAACCAGGGUUUCACCAUACUCGGGCUACGUUCAAUGCUAUCUUUAAGAUACUUUCGAGGGCAAAGUUAAUGUCUUUGAUGUUGGAUUAUCUGGAUAACUAUUCUAAGCAUCGCGGCGGUCACAAGACCAAUUUUCAUGCCAUUUUAGUGAUGGGUUAUGCUGUGGCAGGAAAAUUGGAGAUUGCACUCCAAUUAUUCGGCCGAAUGCGAUACCAGGGCAUUGAUUUAGAUGAUUUUUCUUAUCAUGUACUCUUGAAUGCUUUGGUAGAGGAGGAUGAUUUUGAUGGAGUUGAGUCAGUUGCAAGACAGAUUAAGAGUCGAGGGUUUGAAUCAGAGGUCACUUAUUCUAUAUUGAUUAAGGCUUUUUGUAGGAAAAAGGAGUUUGAUAGAGCAGAAACAUAUCUUCGUGAAAUGAUGGAUAGUGGGGUCAAAAUAAAGAGUCGUGGGCACAUGGUUGGUGCUCUCGUGGAUGGGUUAUGCAAGAAUGAUCAAUUUGAUAAGGCUGGGAAAUUGGUGGAUGAGUUUGGGGAAUUCUAUGUCUAUGAUAUAUGGAUUAGAGAGCUUCUACGGGCUAGGAAGCUAGAUGGAGCUAUGGAGUUCAUGCAGAAGACAAGGAACCAGGAGUUGGUCGUUCACUAUGUCCCAGAUAUUUUCCGUUAUAACACCUUGAUAAUGAGGCUUUUGAGAGAGAACAGACUUGAGGAAGUGUGUGAUUUGGUAAUUGAGAUGAGGGAAAACAAUAUACCCCCUGAUGAGCUGACUAUGAAUAUUGUUUUGUGCUUCUUUUGCAAGGCAGGGAUGGUUGAUGUUGCUCUCAAAUUAUAUGAUUCAAGAGGGGAGCUUGGGUUAUCACCGAGUAGCAUGGCUUUUAAUUAUCUUUUGAACACCCUCUGUGGGGAUGGAAGUGUUGUUGAUGCAUAUCGUAUUUUCAAGAAUCUAAUUAAGCAAGGGUAUUUUCCUGGUAAAACGACCUUUUCUAUCCUUGCUGACGCUUUAUGCAAGCUGGAAAAGCUUGAACUGAUGAAUGAGUUGUUUCUUAUAGCGUUAGAGAAAAAUGUUGUACUGACAGAUUCAAUUCAUGAAAAUUAUAUCAUGGCCCUUUGCAGGACUGGGAGAGUUGAGGAUGGUUAUUUCAUACACCGGGAGCUCAACAAGCUCCAGAAAGUUACAACUAGACGUGCUUAUAGUAACAUGAUAAUCGGGUUUAUCAAGUCAAAAAGGGGAGACAUUGCUGCUAGACUACUGAUUGAAAUGCAAGAAAAAGGUCACACCCCAACCCGUCUAUUGUUCAGGGCAGUUGUUCAAAGUGUAUGUGAGAUGGAAAAUCCAGAGAAACAAUUUCAAAGGUUGUUGGAAAUGCAGCUAUCUCUUCAUGAGCUUGAUUGUGGUGUUUUCAACAUUUUCAUGGAAGGAGCUGGCCUUGCCAAGAAACCUGACCUGGCAAGAGAAGUAUAUGAGAUGAUGAAGAGAAGUGGAAUUUCUCCUAAUGUUCGUUCUGACAUUCUAAUGUUGAAGAGUUAUCUAAGGAGUGAAAAAGUAUCUGAUGCUCUACAUUUUUUUUAUGAUAUCCUAAAGAGACGAAAGAUAGGCAGAAAAGUAUGCAAUACUAUGGUCACUGGUCUUUGCAAAGCAAAUAAACCGGACAUAGCAUUAAGCGUCUUUUCAGAAAUUAGAGAGAAGGAGAAGACCGUCAGACCAAGUCUUGAAUGCUAUGAGGAACUAAUUUAUGCAUUGUGCAGACAUAAGCGAUAUGACAAGGUCAUGGAUCUUAUUGUUGACUUGAUUGGAGUUGGCCGUCCUCUGUCAUCCUUUAUUGGUAACAACUUGCUUUUGCAUUCAAUGAAGCAUCAGGAGCUAUACAACACUUGGAUGGACUUGAGGUCCCCUGAUGAGAUGUCUCCUAUUUGGAGACUUAUGGAGCUAGUCGAUUUGUUUUCCAACCAUUUUAGAAAUGACAUUGAUCCUAAUGACUUGGAAAAAGUAGUGGGAAACUGCUUCCCACUUGAUAUAUACACUUACAAUAUGCUUAUAAGAAAACUAAGCAUGAAACAAGUAGAUGAUGCUUCUCUGUUGUUUCAGAAGAUAUGUCAAAAGGGGCAUGAGCCCAAUCAGUGGACCUAUGAAUCUCUGGUGCAUGGAUUUUACAGGCAUGGUAGGAAAACUGAUGCUAAGGUGUGGGUGGAGGAGAUGUUACGCAGAGGGUUUGUUCCAAGUGAGGCUACUAAAUUAUUGCUUUAAGUAUGAGGAGAGGGUUAUAUGCUUGCAGAAACAGGGCUUGAUUCCACAUGCUGAACUCUCGCUAUGGCUUUAAAGAACAUUCUUCCUGGCAUUUUGGCCACUGGUCCUUGUAACUGUUGCAUUCUUCUCUGCUAUUUACCUUGUAAGCACUCUCGACCUUAUGAUGCUUUUAUGAUUUACGAAUACUUCUGCUAAUCUUCUCAGCUAUUCCUUGUUUUAGUUCAUACAAUUUGAUUCAUGCUGUGUUUUGGAAUUCAAAAUUUACAAUUAAUAAAUCGAUGUUAGGUUGCAUUAUGGAGUUGAGUCGCUUCCUGGCUGAUGCAAAAGAUGGAAAAUUAGAAGGCAAAAUGCAACAAAGUAUUAGAAUUUCAUAUUAUGUACCCAUUUUCACCGGUAACAUGCUGAUCUUGUAACAUUUGAUGACGUGAAUACCCAUAUGCUAAAGGUUUUAGGAAUUAUUACCAAAGGGUUAUGACGUCAUCAAAUGUACAAGAUCAAUAGACCACCGGUUAAAGUUGGUAAAAGAUUAGAAAUUGGAAACUUUGUUACAUUGAUUGAGAAAGAAAAGUUAUUUGUUACACCAAAUAGGAAUUAACAACAAACUUUUGUUGCACUUUGCCCAAAAUAGAAAAUGGAAAGACGGAGUCACUCUAUUUUUCCUUGUUUCUCCUAAUUAUGUAAUCUUAAAUUGAUUGGCUGGAUGAACAAAAAGGUUCUGUCUCCUUGUUUUAUUCUGGGGGUCUGCUUUAUAACUGUGCCACUGAUAUCAUAUGGAAAACCCUCAGGUGAAGCAUGUUAUCUGAUGUGAGUGUACAAGCAACUACCAUGUUCUCAUAUAAUGAAAAUAUUAUUUUGUUACAUAUGAAACUUUGUUAACUAAUAUUCAAACUGAAAGGGAGAAAAAAAGGAAAACAAUUAAGAAUUAUUCGAGGUGAAAUUUGGACAGGUGUGUGAAUGCAUGUUAUCCUGGCUCGUAGUAGUUAGCACCACCUCGCUCCCAAAUGAAGAUUUCACUUUUGAAUUUGAGUUUGAAACAAAUUACUUCUUGACUUCAAGUGUUUGGCUAUUGGUUAGAUAAUAUGACUAUUACUUCUUGAGUUUGGUAACAAGUGUUUGGCUAUUGGUUAGAUAAUAUGACUAUUACUUCUUGAGUUUGGUAACAAGUGUUUGGCUAUUGGUUAGAUAAUAUGACUAUUAUAAUGUUCAUUGUUGAUCAUAUGGCACAAGAAAGUUAUGGGGAACAAUUCAAUCACAUAAUUAUGAUUGCCAGGUGACUAAGUGAGUUGUUUCUAAUUUUAGGAUAGUUAAAAAGAGUUGUUUCUUCUGUCACGAUGAAAUUCAAAAUUAAAGGUGCUUCCUUUUCAAGAAAGAUUUCAUUUUAGAACCUUGAUGUUAUUGAGUUGGGUGACUGGGGUGCAUGAGAUAUUGCGUACCUGAGAAAUUUGUCAAAUAAUGAAUCAUUUGACUGAACAAUGUAGAUACAGUUCGAAAAGA